GCAGAAAAGAAUAAAUAGCAGUGCAAAAAUCUUCUUCCCCUGCAUUGAGCUCAACCUUCAAUAAAUCUUCACCUCUAAAUCAUUCUCAUUCACGCACGAAGUUCCUGAAUUAUUGUGUGGAAACUAAGUACUUAUUUUACUGAAAAGUGCUUUUUCUCCCCAAAAAUUAUUAGUUUCUUGCUCUCACGCUAUGAGCGCAAGAGCUUUGCUCAUCUCCUUUUACUCAGCUCCAAAACAUGACCAGUUUUCGUCAAGAAGAACACUUGGCUCAGCUUUUACCAUCAAAUCUGAACUUGAGUCACGAUUAUUUCCAAGUGAGAAAACCAAUUUUCACCUAGCCAGGAUUUCGAGUAGUUCCAGGAAUGAUUUGGCUAGAAGGAAGAGUGGGAAAGUGUGGGCAGAUGUUAAGUCGGAGCGGUGCGAUGCCGUUAAAUCUACGCCGGAGUCUGUGAAGUUCGAUGAUAAGUUAAGUGACGUCGUUUUGAGGAAUGAGGAUUAUAAAGACGUCAGUGCACUACCAUGGUGGGAGCAGUUCCCAAAACGUUGGGUUAUUGUGAUUCUGUGCUUCUCUGCUUUCCUACUUUGCAACAUGGAUAGAGUAAACAUGAGCAUUGCUAUACUUCCGAUGUCAUCAGAGUACCAUUGGAGUCCAACCACUGUUGGUUUCAUACAAUCUUCCUUUUUCUGGGGUUACCUUCUCACUCAGAUUGCAGGAGGCAUAUGGGCAGAUACCGUUGGUGGGAAGUUUGUUUUAGCAUUUGGUGUAGUUUGGUGGUCAAUAGCUACAGCUUUAACACCAAUUGCUGCAAAACUUGGUUUGCCUUUCUUAUUUGUGGUCCGUGCUUUCAUGGGGAUUGGUGAGGGUGUUGCCAUGCCGGCCAUGAAUAAUAUACUGUCAAAAUGGGUUCCAGUGGCAGAGAGAAGUAGGUCAUUAGCAUUGGUUUACAGUGGAAUGUAUCUUGGAUCUGUAACUGGUCUAGCAUUUUCACCAAUGUUGAUCCAUAAUUUGGGUUGGCCAUCUGUCUUUUAUUCAUUUGGUUCAUUAGGGACCGUAUGGGUUGCUUUGUGGAUUACUAAGGCACACAGUUCACCUCUUGAUGACCCUGAAUUACUGCCUGAAGAAAAGAAGCUGAUUCUUGGCAACAGCGUAUCGAAGGAACCAGUUAAAUCUAUACCUUGGAAAUUAAUUUUGUCAAAACCACCUGUAUGGGCCUUGAUAGUGUCCCAUUUCUGUCACAACUGGGGAACAUUUAUUCUUCUUACAUGGAUGCCUACGUACUAUCACCAGGUUUUGAAAUUCAAUCUUACUGAAUCAGGACUUUUUGCUGUCUUUCCAUGGCUUACAAUGGCCUUUUCUGCAAAUCUUGGGGGCUGGAUUGCAGAUACUCUUGUGAGCAAAGGUGUAUCUGUGACCACUGUUAGGAAGAUCAUGCAGACAAUUGGAUUUCUUGGCCCUGCUUUCUUCUUAACUCAGUUGAGUCAUGUGAAUUCUCCUGCAAUGGCAGUUUUGUGCAUGGCAUGCAGUCAGGGAACUGAUGCUUUUUCACAGUCAGGUUUAUAUUCAAACCAUCAGGAUAUUGCUCCACGAUAUUCAGGUGUAUUGCUUGGUCUGUCUAAUACUGCUGGAGUGUUGGCUGGUGUUUUUGGUACUGCUGCUACUGGUUAUAUAUUGCAGCAUGGUUCUUGGGAUGAUGUCUUCAAGGUUUCGGUCGGCCUCUACUUAGCCGGUACUGUGAUAUGGAACCUCUUUUCGACUGGUGAGAAGAUAGUGGAUUGAACUGCAAAAAGAAACACUAUACUGGAACUCGAGACUCCAAACUUUGAAGAAUGGAAUGGAGAAACAAUUGUUACUGAAAUUCCAGUUCUAAAUUGGAGUGCUUGUUUACACAUUUAUUUCUCAUAGAAACCAGUGAAUCUGCUCAUAAUCCUGAAACAUCUGAAUGAAGGGAGCCUGUGCAGAUGAAGAAAAUCAGAGUCGCAUAUUUUUUUGCACACGAUGUAUGUACACUAACAUACCAAUUUUUGUAAAUUACUGUGGAAAUAUAGAUCUUAUUUUUAAUUUUUGAUUCUUGCAGUUCAUUUACAUGUGUUAUUGAUAUCAAAUACAGCCUAUUGCAUUUGAUGUGCCAAAUAAAAAUUCAAAUUUCA